AGAGGCGGGGCCGGAAGCGGCCGCCGGCCACGACAGCUCCUUCACCGCAAGCCAUGGCGGCGCCGGGCAACCUCUGCCUCUUCGACGUGGACGGCACCCUCACGGCGCCCCGGCAGAAAGUCACAGCAGAAAUGGGAGAAUUUCUGCAGAAGUUGCGGCAGAAGGUGAGAGUUGGAGUAGUAGGUGGUUCAGACUUUGAAAAAAUUAAAGAGCAGCUGGGAGACGAUGUGGUUGAAAAGUUUGACUACGUCUUCCCAGAAAAUGGUCUUGUAGCAUACAAAGAUGGGAAACUGUUGUCCAAGCAGAGCAUUCAGAAUCAUAUGGGUGAGGACAUACUCCAAGAACUAAUCAACUAUUGUCUUAGUUACAUUGCGAAGAUUAAACUACCAAAGAAAAGGGGUACUUUUAUUGAGUUCCGAAAUGGGAUGCUAAACGUAUCCCCUAUUGGGAGAAGCUGCAGCCAGGAAGAGCGAAUUGAGUUCUAUGAACUUGAUAAAAAAGAACAUAUAAGAGAGAAAUUUGUAGCUGAUUUACAAAGAGACUUUGCAGGGAAAGGUCUCACAUUUUCCAUAGGGGGCCAGAUAAGCUUUGAUGUAUUCCCAGAUGGUUGGGAUAAGAGGUACUGUUUAGGGAUUGUCGCCAACGAUGGAUAUGGGACCAUUUAUUUUUUUGGUGAUAAAACUAUGCCAGGUGGAAAUGACUAUGAAAUAUACACAGACCCCAGAACAGUAGGCCACAGUGUUACAUCACCAGAAGAAACACAAAGGAUCUGUGAAGAGCUGUUUUUUUCUAAAUGACUGUUGCAUUUAGAUUUUACAUCAAGCCCUUGCUUGAAAAGCCAAGAACUGCUACUAAUCACCUGGAAAAUGAAACUGUAUCAUUCCAUUGUUCAUCUUUUGUUAUCACUGUUAAAUUACAGGUACCUGGCUACUCUCAGUCAACCUGAAAGGAAAAUUGCUCUGAACACAGCCAGCAGAUAAUUGAUGAUUUAUAUAUUCAAGCCUCUUUCGGUGUCUUAUCUAAAUGGAACAUGUAGGUUCACCUUUUUUUUUUCUCUAUGAAGUGGUACUUCAGGGAACACAAAACCUAAUGACUAGGUGUUUCUAGAUCAGAUUAACCUUGCACACUGCUGCUACCUGACAUUCAGAUUGUGCAUUUUACUUUCCUUUUUCCAGAUCAUGAUUUGAUUCCUACUAGUGUUUCCUUUUGACAUAAAUUAACUGGAUUCUGAAAUAAGGGAAAAAUUGUACCAUUUAAAUUACAAGAUGCCACAGCCGAGAGAGAUGUAUUAUCUGGCUCAUGGGUUGGACGGUGCUCUGGCUGGCUGACUCAGCUCUGGGUCUGGCUUGCGGGGCAUCUCGCCACAGUUUCAGAGCCCCUAUACCACUGCAGCUAGCACCCAGGAGGCUAACACCAUCCUCCGCAGAACAUUGUUUUCUGUCGCUCCUCAGCAUGCAAAUUGGCAGCAUGGCAGUGAGCACUGCUGGUAACUCCUGUGCACUGCAUGUGCUGGAACAGCAGCUCUGGCAGCUGCAAUGAGAAGCCCCUCAGGCUGGAUCCAGAAGUUGGUUGCCAGCCCAUGAGAAGUCUGCAUCAGGGCUGCCAACUCUCUUAAGUUUGGCACCACUGUGUUAGAUGGUCUUGACAGGAUGAUGUGCUUUAGAAACCCAAGUAGGAGAAAAUGGAGAAAUGUCAUCUUCAGAGACAGUUACAAGUUUUCCCACCAAAUAAAUUAUUUUAAAUAUUACCCAUGGGACAAGUUGGCAAUUUAGAAAUAUGCAUUUUAAAGAGUAUUGGGUCUCAAAUGUGAAUAGUAUUAAUGUUUGAAAACACUGACAUCAACAAUCAUUUUGAGGAGCCCAAGUCAUAUUUCAGAGUUGACCUGAAAUAUUUACCUGAAUACAAGAUGACCCCCCUAAUUAAUUCUAUAUAUGGAAAAUUUAAAAACUUACUAUAACUUUCUCUGUAUGGAAUCUACUUCUUGGAGGAUCAUCUUAAAUUCUUCAGGAAGUGGGAGGAGAGGUGCUGAGGCAUUAGUAAUGGGGCAGGUGUGGGGGGGGUGGUAGGGCAGGCAAUGGAGGGAGCAGUGUGAAGAUAGGCAGUAGGGGGACAGUGGGGCAGGCAGCAAGGCAGGCAGCUUGCCCCUGCCAUUCCUCUAUGCCACCUGUGCCCCACCACAGCCUCUGGUCCCUGGGCCCCCUUCUUCCUGCCUCUACAUGUCCCUCUUCCCCCCAUUACCUUUGCUCUGCCUCAACAGGCUUCAUCCCUGCUGGAGCCUGGGGCACAGAGCAUGGCUGGCACUGCUACUGUGUUUUCUGUGCUUCAAGCUGCAGUGAGGAUAGAGCCUGCUGGUAUGGAGGAAAAGGAAGGAGCAGAGGGAGAAUAGCAGUGUAGGGGGAAGACUGGAGGCUGUGGGGGAGGAGUGGCAGGGUAUGCAGAAACAGCAGGGGAUAAAUGGCAAGUCUAGCUCCCACCCAAACACCAGGUUGGGGACAGAGCCACAGCAGCUGCCUGUCCCGUGCCACCUAGUACUUGACUGUAAGGCAAGGGGCUUUCCCAUGUAAAAUGGGGGAGAACCUUGUCUUCAAGUUCAGUAAAUAUGGUAGGUGAUACCUAUUUUUGCUUCUUUGUAUGGCUUGGAAUAAUCAGGGUUUGUUUGUUUUGUUGCCCUCUACCCAAUGGUUUAAAAAAGUAAAAAGCUUCUCUUUCUUUUAACUAGAAGAUGAAUAUGAACAGGGAAGCCAAAAUUCUGAUUAAAGAUCUCUUCUCUUAAUUCAACUGUUUUGGUUGCACCAAUUUAAUUCUAUCAAAUCAUCUUCCAAUUUAAUACUAAAACAUUUGUGUUCUCCUAGAAAAAUCCUGAAAAGUUCUCUGCAGACCAGACUUCAUAUGUAUGGUAACAGAAAAAAGCCUUAAAUAUUUUCUUAAGCAGAAAGCUACAAAAGCAACUUUUUCCUUCUGGGGAUAACCUUCAAAAUGCACUCUUCUACCCCCCCCCCCCCCCCAAGUUUUAGUAAAUUCACUUUUCAAAGUACAAUAGUGGCACAACUGGAAAAUGUAAAUGACUAAUAUAAAUUGCUUUCUGUACGCUUCAGUCUGAGCCAGUGCAAAUUAUGUUUGUAUAUGAAUUGACAACUGAAGAAAAGCAACUAACACAGGCAAAUCCUUUUUUGCUACACUUAAAGUCUGGUCUUGCUGGUAAGAUCUUAUGUCAAGCAGAUACCAUGUGUUUUAAUGCUGCACCAAACACAUGGAAGUAAAAUGUGCUGCAAUGAAAAACCAAGCCAAAAAUGGUAGACCUCUAAUGUUACUGUAUUAUAUACAGCCAAAAGUAAAUUCCACACUGGACUGUAACUCAUUCCAAUUAAUUUAAGGGGACAACGGAAACCUCAUUUUAGCAUGAAUAUUAUUUUAAAUUGAAAAUAGUGAAAGGUGUCAUUGCAAAAGUUAUGCAACACACACCUGUUUUUACUGCACGUCACUUGUUUGGAAUGAAAUAGUUUACUUGAAAUUAUAGUGUUGUUUAUAUUUAUAGAAAAAAAUUUAAAUCUUUUGGCAAUCCAGACUGUACUUGUACAAUAAAAUUAUUAAAUAUAUAACUGGGCCUGA